CUCUAGAGUGCCAAAAGGGGAAAAAAAAAAGUGCUGAAGAGUCCUAGGGAGAUGAAGCUAUUUUUGUUCUAAGCUGAUACUCCUAGCUGAGCCACAAGUGCUGCUUUGGAAAGGGCUUAGGUUGUUUCCAGGGGGAGAACUCUGCAGAGAAGAGGCAAAGUUCAACAGGACAACAAAUCAGCAGGAGAAACAGCCAGGAAAACGAAGAGCCCUCACGUUUUAACACAGACCCUUCUACCAGAGUUCUCCAAUCGUAAAGUACUCUGCAAAGAACCACUUGACGGACCUUCCACCUGAUUCACUUUACCCGACCACCAUGACUGAGAUCACUGCUGAAGGAAAUGCAUUUACAACCACAACUGUGAUAGACAGCAAAAAUGGAUCUGUGCCCAAAUCCCCUGGAAAAGUGCUGAAGAGGACAGUCACAGAAGACAUAGUGACGACAUUCAGCUCACCUGCAGCCUGGCUUCUGGUCAUUGCUCUGAUAAUAACCUGGUCAGCUGUUGCCGUUGUUAUGUUCGAUUUAGUUGAUUACAAGAACUUUUCAGCAAGCUCUAUUGCCAAGAUUGGCUCAGAUCCUCUAAAACUUGUACAUGAUGCGGUGGAGGAAACCACAGACUGGAUCUAUGGCUUCUUUUCUUUGUUGUCUGACAUCAUUUCAUCUGAAGGUGAUGAAGAAGAUGAGGAAGGGGAUGAGGACAUUGAUAAAGGAGACACAGAGGAGACUCCCUUGUUAAAAAAAGAAAUACACAAAGAAAAGACUGAAAAGCAGGAUAAAUCUGAAAAGAAAAUUCAAACUAAAGUCACACACAGAGAAAAGGAAAAAGACAAAGAAAAAACAAAAGAAAAGGAAAAACCUGAAAAGAAAGCAACUCACAAGGAAAAAACUGAGAAGAAAGAAAAGCCAGAGACAAAGGCAGGAGCAAAAGAAGAAAAGAAGGCUAAGGCUAAAGAAAAGACUGAUGAAAAGACUAAAAAGGAAGCAAAAGGUGGGAAACCAGAGAAAAUGAAGCAAACAGCUGCAAAAGUAAAAGAAGUACAGAAACCAUCACCGAAAACCAAAGAGAAGGAUAAAGAAAAGGAGGACAAAGAGGCACUGUCCAAACAUGAGCAGCAAGGUAAACAUUCAGAGGAGGAAGCAGCCCGAGGCACUAAGAGGAUAUUGGGCAAGAAGCAGAUGCAGUAAAAUUAAACUGACAAAGAUCAAAAUCAGACUCCAAACAGGGGUAACAGGCCCAUACAUGUAAAUAUACUGGAAAAGAAGUAUAAUAAAAUGGGAAUUAAUAUUUAUUUAUAGAAAUAUAAAAUGGGUUCAAACAUAUCUAAGGUUGCAUUUUGAAGUAUUUUAAAGUGGUUUUUGAAUUAGAGUUUGGAGUUACUUAAAUGUUGGGAGUAAAUGUUGAAUUCUUGAGAUGUAGAAUUUCUAUUAAGAGAUAGAAUAACAAUUGAACAAUUUUGUGUGUCAUACUUAAGAGAAAAGCACUCCAGAAAAAAAAAAUGAUAGCAAUUCCAAAGAUUUGUAAAGGAGUCUAUGUCCAAAUUAUAAAUAAAAAUACUAUUAAAGCUA